AUGACGAGGGACCAGAAUGGGACCUGGGAGAUGGAGAGUAAUGACAACUUUGAAGGCUACAUGAAGGCCCUGGAUAUUGAUUUUGCCACCCGCAAGAUCGCAGUACGUCUGACUCAGACAAAGAUCAUCGAACAAAACGGCGAUAACUUCAAGACGAAAACCAACAGCACGUUCCGCAACUACGACCUGGACUUCACUGUCGGGGUAGAGUUUGACGAGCACACAAAGGGCCUGGACAACAGGCAUGUUAAGACGCUCAUCACCUGGGAAGGCGAUGUCCUCGUGGCUGUGCAGAAGGGGGAGAAACCGAAUCGUGGCUGGAGGCAAUGGAUAGAGGGGGACAAGUUGCACUUGGAGCUGACCUGUGGUGACCAGGUGUGCCAUCAAGUGUUCAAAAAGAAGUGA